AUGUCAAGCCACCUGACAUCACCUGGGACCAGUGCUUUAUCUGAAAAGCACUGGAGGCAUUUAAUGGCACCUGCACCAUACUCUCCGCCAUCAUACCCAGAAGGCUACAGUGUCAGAGCCAGGCCGCCUGACAGGAAGCAGAGCCGUAAUGGCAGGACAUGGGGGAGAAGCCCCGCCAUCCACUUCGGUCGCGAGAAUACACCUCACCUCAACCCAGAGAGACCUGACUUCCUGGAAGGGGCCAUUGCUGCUAAAUCGGAUUUUCAGGCUCAAGAUGAUGACGUGCUGCUUUCAUCCCAACCAAAAUCGGGAACUACUUGGCUUAAAGCUCUUGUGGUCUCCAUUAUGGACAAUUAUGCUGCUCGGACUACCAACAAUGUCAAUGAUGCCAUGGUUCAGUAUGAUCUUUUGACAGAAAAUUUUCCCCAUGACUUGAUUCCAUCUCUCGAGAUCCAAAUUUUCAACCCAUCAAAAGCAUCAGCAAGCCCAAUUCCGCUUCCAACUGUAAGAGGUCGACCAAGAUUAUAUCAAACUCAUGUACCUUAUGGAAUGUUGUCUGAAUCCAUCAAAACCUCAGGCUGUAAGAUUGUGUACAUAACUCGAGAUCCCAAAGAUGUCUUGGUGUCCUCGUGGCACUUCCUCGAUGCAAACAACCAAUCCACGGAGGAACCAUAUCCUAUGGAAGACGCAUUUGAGAGUUUUUGCAAAGGAGUUCAAGCUUUUGGACCAUUCCAUGAUCAUGUUCUAGGCUACUGGAGAGAAUGUUUGGCAAGGCCAGACAAGAUAAUUUUUCUAAGUAAAGAUGAGGCUGAUAGAACUAUAUAUAGAUGCAGUCUUGAAAGGCUAAAAACUCUGCAGGUGAACAUGGAAGGUAUCGGUAAAUGGUCUGGGUUGCCUAAGAGUUCCUAUUUCAGACGUGGUGAUGUUGGGUCACACCUGAAAUGA